UAUCACAAAGCUUGCAGGCUUUCAUUAUGUGGUCACUCAGGCAAAUACAGAAACCUGUCAGCAUUGGACAGUUAUAUAAAAGCCCAGCGAUACAGCCAGAGGCAGAAAAGAGAGAAGUCAAGCCACCUACCUUGAGGAGAAGAUCAGACAGAGCACACACUGGACAUGGCCUCCCAGAUCCACAUGCCAGCCCCAGUGUGCCUCAUUGAGAAUGUGAAAGGGCAGCUGAAAGUGAAUCAGGAAGCUCUGAAGAUCCUGUCUGCCAUCACCCAGCCCGUCGUGGUGGUGGCUAUUGUGGGCCUCUACCGCACAGGCAAAUCCUACCUGAUGAACAAGCUGGCUGGGAAGAAAAGAGGCUUCUCUCUGGGCUCCACUGUGCAGUCUCACACCAAAGGGAUAUGGAUGUGGUGUGUGCCUCAUCCCAAGGACUCAAAGCGUACUCUGGUUCUGCUUGACACCGAGGGCCUGGGAGAUGUUGAGAAAGGUGACAACCAGAACGACUCCUGGAUCUUUGCCCUGGCGAUACUUCUGAGCAGCACCUUUGUGUACAACAGCAUGGGAACCAUCAACCAGCAGGCCAUGGACCAACUGCACUAUGUGACUGAACUGACAGACCGAAUCCGAGCAAAAUCCUCACCCAACACGAGUGAAGUUCAAGAUUCAGCUGACUUCAUGAGCUUCUUCCCAGACUUUGUGUGGACACUGAGAGAUUUCUCCCUAGAAUUAGAAAUAGAUGGAGAUUCCAUUUCUCCAGAUGCUUACCUGGAGAAUUCUCUGAAGCUAAAACAAGGUACUGAUGAGAAAAUUAAAAAUUAUAAUCUACCCCGACUCUGUAUCCGCAAGUUCUUCCCAAAGAAGAAAUGCUUUAUCUUCGAUAGACCCACUCACCGAAAGAAGCUGGCCCAGCUCGAGACCCUGCACGAUGAUGAGCUGGAUUCUGAAUUCGUGGGGCAAGUUGCAGAAUUCUGUUCUUACAUCUUCAGCUAUGCCAGGACUAAAGCUCUUCCGGGAGGCAUCCAUGUCAAUGGACCUCGUCUAGAGAGCUUGGUACUGACCUACAUCAAUGCCAUCAGCAGUGGGGAACUGCCCUGCAUGGAGAAUGCAGUUCUGGCCUUGGCCCAGAUAGAGAACUCAGCUGCUGUGCAGAAGGCCUUGGACCACUACAACCAGCAGAUGGGUCUGAAGGUGAAGCUGCCCACAGACACCCUCCAGGAGCUGCUGGACCUGCACAGGGCCUGUGAGAAGGAGGCCAUCGAGAUCUUCAUCAAACAUUCCUUCAAAGAUGUUGACCAUGUAUUUCAAAAGGACUUGGCGGCUCAGCUGCAAAAAAAACGAGAUAAUUUUUGUGAACUGAAUACUAAAAAAUCUUCAGAUUACUGUUCAGCUUUACUUCAGGAUCUCUUCAGUCCCCUAGAAGAAGAGGUGAAACAAGGAAUUUAUUCUAAACCAGGGGGCUACCAUCUCCUUAUUCAGAAGGUACAAGACCUGAAGAAAAAAUACUAUGAGGAACCCAAGAAGGGGAUACAGGCUGAAGAGGUUCUCCAAAAAUAUUUGCAAUCCAAGGAGGAUAUGACUAAUGCCAUUCUACAGACAGACCAGACUCUCACAGAGAAAGAAAAGGAGAUCGAAGUUCAACGUGUGAAAGCUGAGUCUGCAGAGGCUGCUGCAAAAAUGAUGGAGGAAAUGCAAAAGAAGAAUCAGGAGAUGCUGGAGCAGAAGGAAAAGAGUUAUCAGGAGCAUAUCAAACAGUUGACUGAAAAGAUGGAGAAGGAAAGGGCCCAGUUGAUAAAAGAGCAGCAGGAAAUUCUAGCUGUUAAACUCCAGGAACAAUCCAGACUGCUAAAGGAGGGAUUUGACAAGGAGAGCAAACAACUUCAAGAGGAGAUAAAGCAUCUCAAGAACAAUAUACCAAAGUCAUCUGGAUGUAUCAUACUCUAAAGACAUAAGGAAACAAGCUUUCCUGUCACCCUUCUCUAUUCAUGGCAUAGAUAAGCAAUUUUAUAUUUUGGAACAAUAGUCAUUGCAGUUAAUGGUAUUUAAGUCUUACAACCACAAAAACCUGCAAAGACAUGAAUACAACAUUUGAAAUCCACUUCAUCUUUCUUAAAUUAUUAUAAAUUUUGCACCACUAAUAGAUUUUACCGCUGCACACUUUCACAAAAUACUAGGUUCCAAUGUCGUACUUUAAACCUGCAUUGAACUUAUUUUGAUGAUACUAAGACCUGAAUUAUUCUUGUCUACACCUCCCUCUUUUUCCCAUCAGUUCCAUCCAUUUUCUUAAGGGAGUGACUAUAAGUGCCACACUGUUUUCCACAGUCAUGUGCAGCUCCUUCCAGCUGGACAGUUACUUGUCCCUGACCCAUGACUGAACCUUGAGGUCCUAUUGACCUACCAAAGCGUGAAUUGAAGAGAUGCAUGUAUAUCCAAGCAGAAGAUUUUAAGAAUUUUUUCCCCUAAAAUUUAAUGGAUUUCAAGUAGAUACUGUUGCAGAGAGCUCUUCAAAACCCUGGUUUUAGUUUUUUGGGGCAAAUAUAAAGAAGUGGGGUGGGCAAAUUAUACAUAUCUUUUCUUUAAAAUAUUUAAAAAGAACCUUUGUACUUUUCCAGAGCAGUUACACAAUUUUACAUUCUGAACAGGACUGUACAAAAGUUCCAGUUCAUCACAUCCUCACAAACACUUGUAUUUUUAGUUUUCUUAGUACUUGUUAUCCAAAUGAGAAUGAGGUGAUACAUUGCUGUUAUAAUUUGCUUUCCCUUGAUGAUGAUGAUGAUGAUGAUGAAUAAAGUAAAGUAUCUUUUGA